CGCUCAGCCCUCGGCUGCUCUUGUCGAGCUCUCACCUCGAUUGGUCGAGCCUGAACCGUCAUGGCUGCGCCCGUGUAACCCGGAGCCACCGCGGAGGGGACAGUGGCGGCGCGGGCCUGCCGAGACAGGAGUCACCAUGCUGAGGGCCGCGUGGCGCGCGCUGAGCUCCGUUCGUGCCCAGGCGGUGACACAGGCCCCAGUCCCUGCGCUGAGGGGCAGAAGCAGUGCCAAUCUGCCCUCCGCACGCUGCAGCCUGCAGCCUCCGAGUCUCUUGCAUGCCGCCCGUGCAUACUCCGUCCAGACACCAGUCCAACCGAAGCAAGACAAUGAACCGCCCUCUUCCACAUUCAUCAAAGAAUACAAGAACAUCAUCCCCAACAUGGAGAAGGUUGAUGAUGUUGUGAAAAGAAUCUUGUCUUUGGAAAUGGCCAACUCGAAAGAGAAGUUAAAAAUCAAACAAGAACAAUUGAUGAACAAGAUUGCGGAAAACCCUGAGGAUUCCAGAACCUUGGAGGCUCGAAUCACUGCCUUGACUGUCAGGAUCCGCAAUUAUGAAGAACACUUGCAAAAACAUCGAAAGGACAAAGCCCACAAACGUCAUCUGCAGAUAAGCAUCGACAAGAGGAAAAAGUUGCUCAAGAUGCUCCGUCAGACCAACUAUGAUGUCUUCGAAAAGACAUGCAAGGAGCUGGGGGUAGAAUACACGGUACCUCCUCUGCACUUCCAAAAGGUUCACCGUCGCUUCCUGGCCAAAAAGGCUCUGUGCAUUCAGGUUUACCAGGAGGUGCAAAAACUGAAGGAGCAAAGAAGGGCCUUAAAAACUGCUGGAGCUGCUGCCAAAAAGAAAAAUGAGGUGGUGCCAGAGAACCCUUCAAAUGCCCUAUCAGAGAAGACCAAAGAAAACUAAUAAAGUCCGUUCCUUUGAAGAAUGA